GCGCGUCCUCGACACACACACGACAUCGACAGCAGCAGCAGCAGCAACAACAAAGAAGACAGUUGGAUCAAUCCAGCGUCGUACCGCUGUUUUAGAGAAGGGGAUCUAUUUGAGGUACCUGCACGGGGAAACGAAAGGAUAAGCUCUGCUAGCGCUCUCCCCGUUCCCUUUACUGCUUUGUUCUCCAUUUUGCUUUUACUUCCUUCUACAACGCGUACCUCCCAAUAUCGACGUCGCUGCCUCUGAUCCCUCUCUCUCUCUAUUUAUCGUCCUCCACCUGAUUGUGACAGCACUGAAUAGAUCCAACCGAAUACAAAAAUGUCCUUCCUCGUGAGGCGGGCAGCCUUCUUCGGCACCGUGUGGGGCGUCGGUGACUUCUUCGCUCAGUUCUACAGCGCCCACCAGGAGGCCGCUGCACGCAGGGCUCGCGGCGAGAAGCGCGACGGGCCGCGUCCGUCCGGUGCGCAGAUGCUGGCCCUACUCGACAAGGAGCGUCUUGCGCAGAGCUUUGUGUUUGGUCUCGUCGCGGGUGCUUUCCUGGCGCAGUACGAAAGGUCUCUCCCUCGCAUUUUCGGCCGGCUGACGCGCAGUGCCACGUCGUGCCUGUGUGCUCUCAGCCUGCAGCAGGUCGCCGUGACGCCUCUCCUUCUGUGGUCGUACUUCAACGCCAUGACAGCCGUGCGGGGCGGACUGGCCGACCCGAGCUUUAUGAAUGCACACGACGCGGGGGCCUACCAGCGCAACGACGUGGCGAGCGUGGAGCGGCACAUCUUGAAGGGCGUGAUGCCGUACCCGCUGCUCACCGCAUGGGGCGUCUACACGCCGCUCUUUAUUUUCGCCUACGUUGGACCGUUCAAGGGGGCCACAUUCUUGUCUGGCUGCCUCUUCGUUCCGUGGUGUGGGCUGCUGUCUUAUACCCAAGACAACGAGCUUUUGUGA